AUGGUAAUAGAAAAAAGUGAUAAAGAAAAAUUAGUAAUAGAAAACAUUAAAGAACAAGCAAGUGAAAUGCAAUCCAACUUAUCUAAGUUUGAAGAAGUAGUAGAUUAUGAACAAUUAAAACAAUACUUGCAAGAAAAAUAUAUUAACAGCAAUUUAGAUAAGAAACAAAAAAAGAUAGUUAGUUAA